AUGAGCAAAGAAAGAGUCGACAAUGACUUCAGCAAGGAAGGCACUCUUUAUCAAGUGGAGUAUGCGCUGGAGGCAGCAAAGAAAGGAAUGCCGUGUGCGAUAAUAGGAAGCAGCUCUUGUGUGGUCAUGGCUGCGUCUAAGCGUCUUCCCGAGAAGCUAAUGGACACUGAUUACAUAUCUAGCUUCUUCGAGGUGCUCCCAGGAAUUAUUGGAGUGGCCAGUGGAUUUCUGCCUGAUGUACAGUGCACAAUGAGCCAGGUAAACCAGAUAGCUGUAGAUCUACUGCACGACCUCGGGGAAACGCCAGGAGCUGACCUAAUUUCCAGAGAAAUCGCAGAUAAAUGGCAGCUGCAGACACAGGAAGACACCAAAAGACUGUGUGCUGUUUUUCUGGCAAUUAUUGGGUACGAAAAAGGAAAACCUUCUAUUUUCUACACCGACUCAUCGGGGAUACUUUUGCCAUACAAAGCUGUGGCAUUUGGAGAAGGAGGCACUGUCAUGAUGAAGAAGCUGGAGAAAUUGUACAAGCCAGAGCAAUCGCAGAGUGAAGCCACUGAGAACGCUCUGAUUACUCUGUCAGAGGCGCUGGGUGCGGAGUAUCUGGCAACAAAUGUUGAGCUGGCUAUUUUUACGCCAGAUGGAAAGCUGAAAAGAGCGAGCACAGACGAAAUUGACGGAUUCCUUGUGGACAUAGCAGAGAAGAUAUAG